UUGAUUGUAUGUUCACAGAGUUGUUCACUUCCAUGUCCUGUGUUCGCGAGAGAAGGAUCCCUCUAGACCGAAGACAUCGAAGAUCUCGGCAUAUAGAAAGCCUAAAAACAGCCAGUGAAUGAUCCCGCUGGAUUGGCCUAUGCACUAGGCAUGAAAACCACCAACUUCUUUGCAUUUGAUCCUCCCGCACGUUUGAUAGCCUGAUCCGUGGCAUUGGGAAAGCUGAGUCAAGUGAGGAAGGUACUUCGUAAUGCGCAGGACUUCUGAUUCACAGCAUCAUAUCGUAUUCCUCGAAUACUUAUUCGUUCUCACUCAGCAUAGGUAGUAUUCAUUCCUUCAACCGCUUUUUUGUUGCAUACAACCAACGAUAAUUGAGGUGCAGGUAAUGUUCCAAACGUUUUCUAGCGUAAAUAUCAUACAGCAUCGUAGAGAAGGUUCUGUAGUGCACAGACACGGUAUCCAACGUAAGCCACCAUGACCCACAAUCUUGGAUGCAAGCCACAUCACUAGAGCUAUGUCACUAAGCGAUACUGCGAUCUCACAUCCAAUCCUCCUAUCACACCUGCAUGACACUCAUGUGCCUACCCAGAAUCCUAGAUAUCCAAUCCAAGCUAUAAGAUGAACUUAGCAGGCGUUCUCUCAAACACCAAUUGCAAUGUCCGAUUGUUGGCCAAUGCGCAGUUGCAGUGAAACCGGUCGGGUACCUAUCUACAAAUAUCGUGCGUUACGAUGAUGGUUCACUUCUUUUUAAUUCUGUAGAUGAGGUUAAUCGCCAUCGGCUUUUGCGUGUGCAAUACCACUUCAAAGAAUCUGUCUUACGAUCACCUUCAUAUUCAAUACCAAUGGUUGUACGAAAUAUAAUCAAUGCUAUGUAAGCGUAAUCGUAACUCAAACCGACAGUAUGUUUUCGACAUGAGGCCCUCCUCCAAGACACGGGAAGCAGUUAGCGGCAAACGAAUACGAGCAACUCCAACGCGAAGGACGAUAGCGAAAUGACACUACGAACGACCAACCCACCACAUGAGGUCUGGAUACAAAAAACUUCCCUCCAAUCACCGAUGAGUGCCAAAUCUGUCCUAACCUUUUUAGUGAAAAAUGUGGCUUCGCCAUAAGUUUUGCGGUUUCUCAAGACGGACCCUGCAUCCGCAGCUGUCGAACGAGUAUUCGCACGCUUAUCUGACUCGUGCCGACCUCGCUCAAACAGUGAAUAUGAAGGAGCAAGGCGCACGUUACAACGGUUGCCUUCACCGGCUAAUUUGCUAUUGGCUAUGUGUAUACGCCACGAAUAAGCUCGAUAGGGUAAAUAGGGUGAAGAUUCAAACCCAUCUUUUUUUGUAACUCUUCGUUCAUCCUCCGUCGUUUGGCACACGCCGCGAUCUUCUUCGAGGGUUUCGAUUGCC